CAUCUCGAUAACACGACACCCUUCUCCUCUGCUCGGGUGACUCUUCUCCAGCGACGAGCAGUCUUCUUCUGAUCGCACCGCGUUGCAGACAGUCUCUCUCACUCUUGCCUUCUCCGGUCCCUUGUCAUGGAGUGCUUAAAGACAAACUUUAUAAGAAAGUUGGAGCUGGUGCAAAAUCACACAGUUCUAUGUAAUCCAUCAGAUAGAUUAUGGACAGUCCCAAGAAGACUGGCAUAUUCACGUCAGCGUUCUGCUUGUUAUCGAGAAUGUCAUGCAUAUUUUAGUAUGAUAUACCCUGCAAAAUCAUGCUUUUAUGGACGUAAAUCUUCAAGGGCCUUUUCCAUAAGCUUGGGUGAGGAGCCUUCCUCAUUAUCAGAGGUGGAAAACAUAAGUGAUAUUGAUGACACUGUGCCAACUGAUUCUUCUGAGGAGGUCUUGCCACAAAAGUUGAAGUCUGAUGAGUUGAAGGCACUGCUGGUUGACACUGAAAGAAAAAAGCUUUUGAAGAAACUCAGCGAAGCUAAUCAAUACAACAGAUUUCUCAAAAGACAGUUGCUUAUGGAAGAGGAUGCAAUAGCCAAGUUCAAAAAUGAACUUGCUGUCUUGGAGCUUGAACUUCAGACUUUGGUUAGCUUAGCAGAAGAGAUAGCUAAUAGUGGGGUUCAGCCUGAUUCGAGGAAGAUAAAUGGGAGAUACAUUCAAUCCCAUCUCCUUGCCAGAUUAGAAGCGAUCCACGAAAAAGUUAAGGAGCAGAUAAAGGAUGUGGACACUUGGAAGUUUGAGGUUUCUUUAUUCUGGGUUGGGAUGGCUGAGAGUGUCCAUGUUAUGGGUUCCUUUGAUGGUUGGACUCAAGGAGAGGAGAUGUCACCAGAGUAUACUGGUGACUAUGCCAGAUUUUCAGCUACCCUCAAACUUAGACCUGGGAGGUAUGAGAUCAAGUUCUUGGUGGAUGGGGAGUGGAAACUAUCUCCUGAAUUCCCCACCAUUGGUGAGGGAAUCAUGCAAAAUAAUUUGCUAGUUGUGGAGCAGAAUAACUGAACAUUGCAUAAUAGCCAAAAUUCGUAAAGUCCUCACUUUUUGUUUAAUGAAGAGCUAUUCUACUAGGUGCCAACGAUAGCUUGUCAUCCUACUCAACAGUAUUUGUAUUGCCUUGAUAUUUCAGAUAUGGAGCAACCUCAAAGUGAUAUAUUGUUAAAUUUUCUAGCUCUGUUGUCUGUUUGCAAUUUAUCAGUGCCUGUUUGCAGUUCCCAAAGGCUUUCUUGGUUUGAUUAUAUCAUCAAUCCUGAUUGUUAAUAGCUUUUUUUUGUCCUGUAAUCCUCAAUCUUGUGGCUAAUGCUGGAUUGAAUAAAUUUUUGAUAUCUCCUUGGCAGUAUAUUUCUUGUCUUUCCUAUAAUCCUCAUCCAGCUUCAAACAAUUACUCAAGAGCCAGGUAAAUGCUGAAGUGCAGGAUGCCAUCUGUUAGUUUGGAAAGGGAACAGGACAGUGUUGAGAUUUUGGUAAGAUCAACAAUAAAAUUGGUCAGGCUUAUUUCCAGAAAUUCUAAAUUAUUUGCAAAUCACCAUCUUGGGUGAUUUGAUGAUCAUCUGAUGUUGGCGUAACUACUCUUUUUGUGAUUAUCUGAUAAAUUCCUCUAGGAAAGGGAAUAUAGGGUGAUCCACCUAAAAUUGUUUUUUGAGAUACACCUCAUAAAGUUAGGUUCAAGAAUAUAAAAGAUAUUAUAAGGAACUCUGCGUAAUGAAAUUAUUGACUUCAGGAAUGAUGACUUCAGAAUAAUGGAGUAACUUGUCUUUGUUAAUGCCAAAACAUAAAGGUACAGGAAAUUCAGCAUGAAGGUCAUCAAAGCUGUCAGUAGCCCAUGCUUCGAAGGCUCUUUCUUUUCUUUUUUUUUCCCUUCAAGUGUUUGUUUAUAGCAAGUCUUAAAGACACUGACACUGUAUUUAUUCUUAACAAUUCUGAUGAACAGGUAGCUUUCAUGGUUCGAAUAGGCGCACAUGAUCAAUCCACAGUCUCAAGUGGUAACGGUGUUAUGCAUUUAAAACUGCACUUCUUCAAUGGCUCGAACAGUUACUUUGGCAAUCGAGAUUAACACACCGAGUGGAGAUCGUCACCAACGACUAGGGAAAUCACACCGUCCCCUCCUAUUGUUGCCUUCACUAACAUGGAGCAUUUUAUUGGAGAACUAAAAUGAUAAACCAGGAAAAAAGAUGCUUUGUAUCAAGAACAUUAAUCUUGUCAUGAAAUAAUGCAAACGUUGAAGGUUUCCUUUAAAAUAUUAAUCAGGAACUAAAGAAGAGAGAACAAGAAGGACAACUUAGAGGGGAAGGAUUUCUCUCAGAGGUUAAUGCCCAAUUUCGUCAGGCUAGUAUUUCUGUUAUUAUCAUGGUCAUCGGUGCAUGCAAUGUUGGCAUGUUACGUAUCAUUCUUGCUGCAUCAUGGACUAGGACUUCUGAUUCCGCACAAGGUGAUGAAAUACAGAUAGAAAUAUUCGUUUUUGUUUCUAGUGCCUUUGUUUCUGUUCUUUCCAGAGGAAUAUUUGGGCAUCAAUAAUAGGUCAUUCUCCAGUUAUGAGCACUA